UGAGGCCGUUUGAAUUCCGAGCCAGCCGCCAAACUCGGACAAUAACAGCCCGGGUCGCCGCUGGGGAAGUCGCACCAGCCUCUCGCCUGCUCGCCCCUCCUCACCUCUCUCCCGUGUUUCCAGCUAUGGACUCGCUGCCGGGGGAAGAUCCCACCUUGCCCUUGGAGUUCAGCGGCAGUGUGAAUAUGGCCAAACUUUUUGAUGUAUCGGGGGAUGAAGUCCGAAUUCGUCUGGGAGGUGAUGGAGCAUCACCAGAUGUGGCGGAAGACACAGUGUCACCAACUAGAGCACGGAGCAUGAAGGACUUUGAAAAUCAAAUAAUUGAGCUGCGAAAAGAGAAUUUCAACCUGAAACUGCGCAUAUAUUACCUGGAAGAGCGCAUGCAGCAGAAAUUUGAUGGUCCCAAUGAAGACAUCUACCGAAUUAACAUUGAACUCAAAGUUGAAUUGGAAAGCUUGAAACGAGAACUGCAGGAGCGAGAGCGAUUGCUCAUCAAGGCUUCUAAAGCAGUGGAAAGCUUGGCUCAAGGCGGUGAUGCUGAAAUCAAGCGUCUGAAGGAAGAGGCUCAUAAGGAAGUCCAGCAAGUGGAAGAAAGCUUGAAGUGCAUGAUAAGCCACUUAGAGGAGGAUCUUAAGGUGGCGAAGGAAGAAGCAGAGAAAGCGUUUGCAAUGACGGAGCAGGAGAAAGUACUAAGACUUGCAGCCGAACAGCAACUUUCUUUGAUUACAAAUAGGCAGUCACAGGAUCUGGAUGUGAUGGCAGUGCUUGAAGAAAAGGACAGGUGUAUUGAGCAACUGAAUCUGUCUCUGAAAAAUAAAGAAGCUUUAAUCCAGUGCUUGGAAGCAGCAGAGUCCCGAAAUAGAUCUUUGGAGGAGAGUUUGUCAGAAGAAAAAAUCCAAGAUCAUCCUGGUGCUUUAGUGCUUGAGAAAGAGAAGGAGCUGGAGGCUCUCAGAACAGAAUUCUACAAUGCAAAACAUGACUUGGAAAAAAAGAUCACGUCACUCCAGAAGGAACUUCAUGAACGAGAGAUGGAGCUUUCUGUCGAAAAGAUAAAUGCUUUGAAACGAGACAAAACUAUCCAGGGAUUAGUCCUUGCUGUAAAAGUGAAAGAAAAGGAGAAUGAAAAACUUUGCUCUGAAAUUGAAGAUUUAAACACAUCAUUGGCUGAGGCCACCCAGAAAAUUCAGUUGCAGAAAUUGAAGGGUGUUGAAGAUCCUCAGACUCUCUUGAUGGAAAAAGAAAGUCUCCUGGCAGAUUUGCGUUCUGAAAACCUGACCAAAGAUAUAGAGAACCAUAAUCUUCAAAGGAAAGUUAAGAAGACCGAACAAGAGUUGGAUGAUUUGAAUAUUGAGAAAGAGACAUUGGUAAAGGAACUAGAAGAGGCUCAGCUACAGAAAAGUAGAAGUGACAAAGCCAUUAAUGACCUUAGAAACCAGCUAGAGAAAUUUCACGAUGAAAUGGCUGACAAAGAAAAGGCCCUUGAGCUUCAUUACAGUGUUCUCUUGAGUGAUGGCAAUCAGAAAUUGCAGAGCCAGGAAUUAGUCAUCACACACCUCACAGCCAGGAUUGCUCAGAAGGAUGAGUUACUACAGGUAGGAAUAUUGGAGCGGAUGGCUAGGGCAGCUCAGAAGAGCCCUCAUGCAAACACUCUUUUAAAAGAUAAAGAGGAUCUUCAGAAGCAGAACGAAGAUUUAGAAAAGGAGAAGUGUGCUGCCCAGUCACAGCAGGCAGUGAUCCAGAUGAUCCCAGAUUUAGAGAAAACAAAGGAAUCUGAAUUUGCAGGAAUAAUGGAAAGCCUACAGAAAGAGCGUGACAUUUUUUCAGCUCUAAUAAAGUCCCUGCAAGAUACUGAUAGCAUAAAUAACCUUCAAGAAGAGUUGCACAACAUUUCUGUAUUGCGUAAGCAACUAGAAGAUGACAUCUUAGCUAACUGGAAUUUGCGGAGAGGGCUGGAAAGUCAAAUCAAAGCUAACAGAAGAGAGGAGGAAACCAUAUCUUCUUGGGGAGAACAGACGUCUUACAUGAGCAUUUGUUUAAGAGACCAGGGUGGUUUGGAGUUGCAGUUGGACCAGCUGUCUCAUGAGGAGCUUAAGAGAAAGGUUGCUGAACUCCUCUCAGUCGUGAAGGAGCUGCAUUUGGCAAAUCAAAACCUAAAAAAAAAUCAACUUGAAAUCUCCACAUUGGACAUUGUGGCAAAGGAAAGUCAGGAUACUCUAGAUCAGAGUGAGUCCCUUGAAAGAACAGAAGAAAGUCGGACUCUGACAGAAGCUUUCAACGACCAGACAAACAGCCAGAGUGGCCAAUCUACUGAGACACCCAAUGAGCAGGCAACUCCUUCAGAUUAUUCGGAUAUACAGUUUCUGAAUCUAAAUAAGCCUGGGUUUGAACAUGAGCUGGCUGAUGGCAAAUGCUUUGGCAGAAGCACAACAGGGGAAAAAGGCGAAGCUCGAGAGAGUGGUUUGCUCAUGUCUCUUUUAAAUGAAAAUGGAAUGGCACUGCUUGGAUCUAGAGAAGAACAAAUGCAAAUUGCAAAUAACCUGUUAGAACAUCUGAACACAAGCGAGCGAGACAGUUCAAGUGGCCAUCUAGAGAAUAAAGAUGAGAAAGAUCUUAAGCAACUGAUUAUUCAGCUAAGAACUGAACUUGAGCAGCAAAGGCAAGCAAAUAAAUUCCUGAAGCUGCAAGUCGAAUCCAAAUCUACUUUGACUGAGGAAGAAGGGGUUGAUCCCAAAACAAUGCUACAGAUUAAUGCGGAUAUUGGAUCAUCAAAAGUUGAAGUGAAAGCUGUAGCUACUCAAACAGGGACUGUUGAAGGUAACAUCGUGGGACUGAAACAUGAAGGCCAAAUAGCAAGCUCUGAAUACAAAGCAGCAUCUUCAAGAUUAAACGAAGAACCUUGGCAGGAGAGAGCCUCUGCCAAGAGUGAACAGCAAGAGAUCCUUCGGCGCACAAGGAAAAUGAACAAAAGUGAUCCUUGCCAGCCAUUCAAGAAAUCCUGUUUGCCUGUUUUACUGAAAUUAUCCAAGUCAUUAGAAAGCAUCUCCUUAAAGGACCCCAUCUGGAAGCCAGACAUGCAACUUCAGCAUCGCAUCUUUACCUUGGAUGAAGAUCUGAAGGAAAGAAUUAUGCAGCCACUUAAUGAUGAAUUGCAGCCAUGUGAAGUUGUGAGUGACAGAUCUGCUCAGGAAGGGAUAUUACUAGGAGCUGAGUCAUUGAUCAGAGUAAAUGGCUCUGAAGUGGAUGUCACCUUGGUCAGUGGUGAAAGCAAAGGUGAAACAGCCAAGGAUCCGAGCAGCAGCCAAGAAACAGAAACUACCACAACUGAGUCAAAGCUUGCUAUGAAAGAGCUAAAUCAAGAGUUUGCUUUCUCAGAGAAGGAAGAUGUUGAUGCAACUACCACAUACUCAGACUCUAGGAGCCUGCUUUCACUCAGCUUCAGACUUGCAAGCAUAGAUACAUUUGACUAUGAAGCUACUGAUGACAUUGAAGAAUUGAGACAAAGAAUUAAGAUUCUGAAGUCUGAACUGGCAAAGUACAGGAUGCUGAUGAUCCACUUUGAGCCUGCCAAGCAACUCCCUGCUGGUGAUAUUUUAAGUACAACUCAGAAUGAUGGGAAGCUGCCCCAAGACCAUCCUUUUCUUCCCAUAAUAGAUGCCAGUAGACCAGAGUUGCAGACUUUCUCUGAUAAGCAGCUGCAGGAGGAGCCUCAAAUCCGCAUCAAGGAUCUCACAUCUCAUGACUUGGAGCAACAAAAUGAAAGGAAACUUCAAAAGCUGAAGGAGCUGCUGUCGGAGAAUGAGAUGGAAUUGGAAAAAGAGCAGAUUGCAAACAUACAUCUUCUAGAUGAGGUGUGCCGUCUGCAAAAUAAACUUAAAGGAGUUUCACUGGCUAGGCAUGAUUCACCAAUCCACUCUCCAGUACAUGAGCAGUCUUACCAGCGUCAGAAAAUUCAACAGAUCCACAGCAUCUGUGCGACUUACCGCCAGCACCUGUCCAAUUUGAUCAGAGCUUUUGAGGAGCUCUUGCAGGCCAGCGAAGUGGAUUAUUGUGUUGCAGAGGGCUUUCGCGAACAGCUGAAUCAAAGCGCCCAGCUGUUUGAGAGGCUGGAACAGCAGUGUCUGUAUGGAGAGUCAAUAGAUGAUGAGAUGACUCAACUGUGUGGCCUUGCACCAAGUUUAUCUGACUUUGAGAUGCAACAAAAGCCAUCCUCUUUGGAAUCCCCCAGGCCUGGAAAAGAAGAAACAGAGGGUGAGAGGGAAAACCUGGCAAACAUGCCAGCCAAAUUCCCCCCAGAGUUGUUGAUGGAGCAUCUCCAAGAAAUACGAAUGUUGAGGCACCAGCUUGAGGAAUCCAUCAGAACCAACGACCGACUAAGGAAGCAACUUGAGCAACAAGUGUCAGACUCUGCUCAGGAGCAAGGUUCUGCAAACGUUUGUAUUCGUGGCUCGGAGCAACAUAAUUCCCUGACUUCUGAAAUUCAUUUCCUGAGGAAGCAAAAUCAGGCUUUGAAUAUGAUGCUGGCAAAAGGAUCUCGAGAGAAACAAAAGGAAAAUGAAAAGUUGAGGGAAUCCCUGUCAAAGAAGCACCUUGCUGCCGAGCGCCUUCACAAGGACUAUGAGCGCCUCAAGAAGGAGAAGGAGAAACUGCAGAAGCAGCUUGGGAAACAAGAGGAAGAAAAUGGGCAUCUGACUCAUGAUAUUUACAGUGUUAGAAACGAACUAAACAGGCUGCAAAUUGAGCUGAACGCCAAACAGCAUCAGCUGUCAGAGAAUGACAAAUUACUACACUCACUACAACUGGAGCUGAAGGUAUACGAAAAGUUAGAUGAAGCAAUCAGAAGUCAAAAAGAUCUCGCCCGUGAUGGAUCGGAUGAAUGCUGGAAAGAUCAAAACCAUCCACUUGACUUGCAUGAACUAUUGACUGAAAUACAGAACUUCAGAAUGCAGCUUGAAAGGAGCAUCAAAGCAAACAAGAUGUUGCAUGAAAAAAUGGAAGAGCAGCUUUCCAGAGGAAAGAGAGAGGGAGACAGCUUGGGGUCAACUGUAAAUAUUGGCUGCCUUUUAAAGCAAGAAUUGCAGCAUUUCACUGGGAUAAACGAGCUUAAAUUCUCUGCUAUGGACAGCAAUGUCAUUGAAUUGCAACGGAAGUACGGCACCUGCAUAGCGCCAAGGAAUGCAGAUACAGAGCUGGCUGUGGAUAAUUCAGACAGUUCCUCCCGAUGCAACUCACCUGCAAACCAUUCCAGCGACCCUUGCCUCAUUCCCAGCCAUUGUGUGUGGGCAGACAAAAAUGGCCGGCACAUCCUUGGCUUGAUCGAAGAUUAUAACUCUUUGCGGAAGCAAAUCUUGGAAGGGCGAAAAAGGUUGUCUGAGCUGGAACUUCCUCUGAAAGAAGCAGGACUUCAGGAACUGGGAGUGACGGUUCCACAGCUGGCAUCCCUGAGCAGGCUUUCUGCAACCAUUUGUGCAAUCCAGCAUAACCUAGAAGAAGCUGCUCGUUUGUUGAAGCUCCUUUGGAGAGUCUCCCUCCCAAUGAAAGUUGUCCACAAUGUUGGUUAUGCGUUUCAGGAUGAACACAUGAAAGCAGAAAUAAACAAGCUCCGUCGGAAACUGGCCGAGCAGGAAAAGAGGCUGCACUGCACAGUCAAAUGCUUACAUGCUACCAACCAGCUGAAAGAAAACAUGGAGAGAGUCAUCAUUGAUCAGUUGGCUUUAACUCAUGAUGUCUUAAGGAAGGCGCGAGGAAACCUUGAAGUUCAGCCAGCUGAAAACAUGACAUCAGCCUCCAGCCUCAGCAGGAAAAGGGUUUUGUGAAGGUUCUGCUUCCCCUAAUAAAGACCAUUUCCCCCCUACUGA